AUGGGAAAGGAAAAGAUCCACAUCAACAUCGUGGUCAUCGGCCAUGUCGACUCCGGCAAGUCCACCACCACCGGCCACCUGAUCUACAAGUGCGGAGGAAUCGACAAGAGAACCAUCGAGAAGUUCGAGAAGGAAGCUGCUGAGGUUAGUCACGGUGUCUACAUUAACACUUAACAUUCACAUUUUGUGACAAAGUGCAGCAAGGACGUGAAUAUUUUUGGGGAAUAUUUUGCUUUCUUUUUACACAUGCAGACUACUCCUAAAUUUGGUUUGGUUUUGGAGUGAAAGCAGCUGUCACAUAUGCGCCACCUGAGUUUUAUAGAAAUGUUCACUUUCCUGGAAAUUUACCAAAACUCCUUCAUCACGUAUUACAAAUUAGAGCUGCUUUUACCUCUGACGACUACCAAUGUUGCUGCCUGCAUGAAUAUUUCAUUUAAUACUUACGGUAACACAUAGAAGACACAAGCUAACUCCUUAUCUCCCUAACUCCUUACAAGAUGGGUAAGGGCUCCUUCAAGUACGCCUGGGUGCUGGACAAACUGAAGGCCGAGCGUGAGCGUGGUAUCACCAUCGAUAUCGCUCUGUGGAAGUUUGAGACCAGCAAGUACUACGUGACCAUCAUUGACGCCCCUGGACACAGAGACUUCAUCAAGAACAUGAUCACUGGAACCUCUCAGGUAAAGAUUCACCUUUUAAUCUGCAAAAGGGCCAGAAUAUCAUUGGUUUUAUCCAUUUGUGAUCUGGAAACCAAAUAACCAAAAGUACCUAGUAACCACUAAGUGUCUACCUAAUAUAUGGUACUGUACACGGCUCAGUUAUUUCUGGAACCUGUGUGUGAGCACGAACAAUAGUUCAAAGUGAUGUUCAAAGAGUGAACAUUGAUUUGAUCUUAUAUCAGACAAUGAAGUGAAUUGGUAGCUCGCUGCAAGAACCAAAACUGUCAGGUUGUGGGGACCUCUAGUGGUCGCUAUAGGCAACAGUCAGAGGCUAAUAGAUUGCGCUGUGCAACUUAAGAAUACUUAGCAUACACUAAGCUAAUUCAUGUCAAAUUGUAAAGAGCAAAAAACCUUUAUGUCGCUCUGGUAUGCUUUUACAAUUCUUUUUUUUUUCUCCAACAUUGCUCCAAUUGGUAGAGUCUGUCUUUGCUGGCAUAAUUUCGUGAUCCUUUUUGACCAGUCACCGCCACCAGAAGACUUUUUAAAAACAAAAAAAUGGGCCAAAAGAUAUUUCAAAAGUGAGUUUGAUUAUCUACUGAAAAGGGACCCCCCCCCCCCCCCAAAAAAAAUAAAAAUAAUAAAAUAAAAAUGAAAAUAAAUAAAUAAAAACACUGCUUAGUCUACUUUCCUUAAAAAUAAAAAAAAUAAAAAAUACAGUUUUAAUGUUAUGAAAAACAUCAAUAAGGGCAAAUUACAGUCACCAUUUUCUUCAACUUUAGAUGUUGAAUCACAGAUGUAGAAAUUCCUCCCUGUUUAGGCUGACUGCGCCGUGCUGAUUGUUGCUGCUGGUACUGGUGAGUUUGAGGCCGGUAUCUCCAAGAACGGUCAGACUCGUGAGCACGCCCUGCUGGCCUUCACCCUCGGUGUGAAGCAGCUCAUUAUUGGAGUCAACAAGAUGGACUCCACUGAGCCCCCGUACAGCCAGAGCCGUUUUGAGGAAAUCACCAAGGAAGUGAGCAGCUACAUCAAGAAGAUCGGAUACAACCCCGUCAAUGUUGCCUUUGUCCCCAUCUCUGGAUGGCACGGAGACAACAUGCUGGAGACCAGUGACAAGGUGAGGCUAGCAUUCAUUUCACUUAAGUGAAACAGGGGUCUGGUUUGAAUGUGAUGUCUAAUCCAAUGUGAACCUUUUUAGAUGGGCUGGUUCAAGGGUUGGAAGAUUGAGCGCAAGGAGGGCAAUGCCAGUGGAACCACCCUGCUGGAGGCUCUUGAUGCUAUCCUGCCACCUGCCCGCCCCACCGACAAGGCUCUGCGUCUCCCCCUGCAGGACGUCUACAAAAUUGGAGGUGAGUUUUGGAUUCUGUGGUUUCAUCCCACCCUGCAUAAUAUCAUAUCAUAUCAUAUCAACUACACACAGCAAGUUUGCAGGAAUGGGACAUUUAGACAUGUACUCUAAUACCAUCUACUUCCUGGUCAUGACUAAAACCAAACUAAAGCACAAAUAGUAAUGUAGCAGCAGCACUUUGUAGCAGUGACAUGAGCUCCUGACAGUUUCUCUAAAGUUUAGGACAGGCAGUCCUUUCAGGAACUGAUCGUGUCUCAUGGCAGGAGAUUAUCAGACAGACACUUGGACCUUGAUCUGGUCCAUUUGGAAUAGGUGAAGGGGGCAGCCUGGUGACAAGCAGAUACCUUUGUUGUGACUGUUUCUGUGUUAAUAUUGCUAAAGCAUGUGUGAUUAAACUUAUGCUUUACUAACACUACGGUUGAAAAUGUAAUACUGGCAGCCAGGCCAGCUGACCAGUUUUACCUGUGCCCAAGACAAGGUGACCUCAGAGCCCUUGUUCUAACAUUCAAAGUCAUGCUCAUACUUGUAGUCAUAGUCAUUUUUUCCAGCUCGGUUUUUAGCUUAACACUGGUCAUUUUGAUCAUUUACAGAAACAAGAGGAAGCUAAUUGUUCAACAUUAUUCUAGCAGUCUAAGGACCUGGUUCUGCCUGGUUCUAGCAGUUACAGUGUACACAGACGCCCUAGUAUUCAGCUGUUCUAAUAAAGGAAAAAUAAAGUGAAUGUUAGGUUUAAAACCUGCUUGCAUUUUACCUGAAAUAAAAAGGAGAAAGACAAUGGAUAAGUUUGAGUAAUGGACAGAGAUGUGUUUUGGAUAUCUCAGUACCACACUGAGGGUUCUUUUUCUGUCCGUGCUCUUUUAUUUAGUCCCUGGUUACAUAAUGUUUCAAAAGGGGUGAUAAAUGGUGCAGCAAAGUAAACAUUCUCAUAAAGCAUAAUGAACACUUGUGAAUAUGUGAAGGUCAAGGCGGCAUCUAAUGAGCUCCUUCUGAUAACAGCGGCACCUCCUCAAAAACUCCCCACGAUUUACCGCGGAGGAUCCAUCACUCACACACCCCCACCUGCUGAUAGGAAAGACAGUCACAGAAAACUGAAAGUAACAUUGUUGUGCUGUGUAGUAAAUCUAUUGAAGAGAGAAGUUAGGAAACACUCUUAUAUAAUGUAUAAAAAGAGGUCAAAACAGUUUAUACUUGUAGUCAACUCUUACAUAAGAAUAUGAGGAAUAAUGAUAACUUCUAUAUACAUUUAUGCACAUUAUUCUAACAUUUCCCUCCUGUUUAUCAUUACUUUGCUCAAAUUCUCAUAAUCCCUCUAGUUCAGCCACUUCUCUCGAUUUUCAGCUGCGAGUUCAUGUUUAUGACUACAAAGAAUUUACACACGGAGGUACAAGAUGUUGCUUUAGUCAGAAUUAUACUCAUCAUCCGGAUUGGGGCACAGGUCAGGCCAUUGAGUGUCAUCAAGUCUGUCCUCCUCGUCCUGCUGAUGGAGCAGCGGGUACAGCUCCUGCAUCUGCUGCUCCACAGGGGACAACGCUGUGGUGAUAAGGCGGUUAAGAAGAGAACAAAUACAGAAAUACAACAACAUCCACACAAGGUCAAAUUAGCUGCAAAAACAGCAACAGAGAUUAGGACUGAAUCUACAAGAUUUUUGUAUUUUCCAAAUACAUUCAUCCAAUCAUCCCAAAAGGAGUUAUCUAUUCCUGAGUGGUCUUUCAUUUUGCUGUGAAGCGUUUUUAGGCCCUCUAUGGCUCGAGUGAGGCUACCAUCAGCAGCAGUGUCAUCAGGAAUGAACGUGCGACACGUUUCUCCAAACAUGGCACAUACACCUCCUUUUUCUGCCAGCAGCAUGUCAAGGGCUAUAUGGUUUUGGAAAGCCAUCAGGGAUGUUGCAGAUAACUGCAAGUGAACGGCCUGAAAACCAGCCUCAGUCCAAUUACCUAGCUUUUGAACGUUGAAAUGGAUGUAGUUGAUUCUGAUUCGAUCUAUAUUUUUGUUCAUUGUACACCAAGGACAGACGAGAGACUCAAAGCCUGCAGCAAUUUGAUUUACUAGUUUAUACUCAUCUGGUACCUCACAAGGAACUAUCUAUAUAAAUCGGGUCUGACUCUGUUUGCUAAUUUCUUUUACUCUGGAGUGGCUCAACAAAGGAAUAAGACUAACUGCAGAGGUUAAAUUUGCCACACUGGUCUGGAAAGUUACAACAGUUAGGAUUAAAGUCACUAAGGUCCUAUUAUCAGUCUGCUGUCAUUCAGGUACAGCUACAGAAAACACAUACACUUUUGUUAUGGUUAGGGAAUUCCUAGUACAGACAUAGAAGUUAGACAGAUUCUUCAUUUUUGCUAGAUAUUUUUGCAUAUCUGUACCACAUGUUCACUUCAAAUUAGUUUUUCUUAAUCAUUAUUUAUUGAGAGGGAUUGCUAAGCAUUCCACUAUAUGUUAUUCAUAUCUUUAUUAAUAUUCUUCUUCCACCAUUUUUUAAUUAAUUUUUUUUUAUUUUAUUUUGUGAUGUACCUUUAAUAAACAUAAGUAUAAGUGUUUAUUGACAAAACAAGCAUACACAAAAUCCCAUUGUAAACAGAAUAACACAAACGCCUAGUAGCAGUUAAGCUAUGGUAAAGUUCUCAGUGUCUUCACCACAUGAAGCAACUGUGGUGUCCGUCUGGGUGAUUCAUACCCCUGCUCACUGUCUCUCAGGUUUCCUCUCUGCACAUGGUUGCCUUCAGAACAGCUGAAUGUGAUUUUUGAUUGGUAGUCACACAGGAUGUGAGGACUAUUGUUGUUAUCACUUCUCUUUCCUUCCUUAAGUUCAUCUGAAGUUGUAAAUAAUGUUUCAGUAGGUAAAUUAACAGUAUCAGGUUUAGCAUCAGUAAGAUACUUAACUUCCCCAUUUUCCUAAGCUCCUAAGGAAUUCAACACCAUCUAAUCUUCACUGACAUUGAGACGAACGCCCACUAUAAGGACGCCCCCCUUUGAAGUCAGACUUUCCUAACUAAAACCCAUAUAGGUUUUUUUUGCAAAUGGGAAAGAUGUAUCCAACUACUUCUUUGUGCUAUUUUUACUGCUGUAGGUGUCAUUAGCAGUACCUUAAUUUUUUUUUAAUUCCUUCCACUUACUUCAACGUAUUAAAAACCAUUCAAACUUCAGGAGAUUCCAGCUUAUAUUCAAAAUUUUCCUAACAUUCUUCCUUUCCGAGAUAUUCCAGGUUUUCCAACCAAUUUUUCUUAUUAGAAAUACAUUACGGAAUUUUUAAAUUGGCCCUUUUCUCACAUUUUCUUUACACAACUUUAAAAGACUUCAACUCCUCUAUACAUUCAGAUUAUGAUCAUUUUAAUUUUAAAUCAUUUCAUUCUUCACUCAGUAUUCAAUUUUUUCAAACUAAUUCCAACUCAUUUAAACUGAUUUAAACCUUUCUGAAUCUUCAAAUCUCAUAUCUUUCGCAUAAUUUUUGAACUUAAACCAUUUACAAUAGCAUCUUAGCAAUUACAAUUUUAGCUGGAGCAAUCCAUCUCGCAAUUUCUUCAGAAAUUGCAUUUUCUAGUUAUCAUUAUUUAUUUAUUUAUUUAUUUAUUUAUUUUUUAAAUAAUUUAUGAAUCAAUAGGGUUAACUACUACACUCCUCCCUCCUGUCGAGACAUGGCAAGGCCCAUGACUCGCUAUUACUAUCUCUCAAGCUCUCUCUGUGUGUUGAUUUGACAAAAAUCUUUUGUUUGGAAAACCUAAUCUGUGAUAGUUUAUGUCUAAGAACUGUUUUCUUUGCACCGGAGCCACACAAAAAGGUUAAGGGUAAACCCUGAAUCAUUAACUAUAUCUGCGGUGUUAUGUCUGCACAAUGUAUUCCUUCUCCAAAUGACUGUUGCAGCUCCGCUGAUACAGGAAAUCUGUCCUGCCACAAGUUAUUACACUGUUAAAUAACUCACAUAUGUCAGACAGGGACUCACGCCUGUCUGCUGUAUAGUCCAUUUUUUAAAAACUCCUAUCACAUCAUAUUACAGAGCACCUUAAAUUGUCUGUAUAUCUAUCAUCCCAUCUGUAAUAUUUCUCAUUUUAUAUUUAUCACUCAUUUCAUAUUUUUUACUAAUUUCAAUAGUCCACGUUCUUCAUAUCUCACUUUUAUCUCUUAGGAUGUUUAGUAUAUUUAGCCUAUAUUUAUUGUAUAUACUUAGUAUUUUAAUUAUUUUUAGUCUGCAUUGUACUUCUUCUUAUAUUUAGUUUUAUAUUUUCUUUUUGCUACUAUAACAAGAGAAUUUCCCAGUUUGGGAUCAAUAAAGUAUAUUCAUCAAUCUAUCUAUCAAAAUAUCUUUAUAUAUUUAUUUAUCUUCUCCAAGUUUAGCACUUCUUCCUCCUCUGUCUCGUCUCUGUUCACACUUUCUCUUUAUUUCUGUCAAAUAACAUUUGCUGUCUCUCCCUCUUCUAGUCCUGCUUGAUACGUUUUUCUACAGCUCUUCACCUAGUGACAAAAAAGCUCUACAAUUCUCUGAUGUUGUGGUUCAUGACCUUGGUCAGGGUACUGUUCUUUAUCUCUUUGCUCCUGUGAUUCAUAACUUUUGUCAAAACUUCUAUUUCCUCUAUUGUGUUCUCUAUUGAAAUUCCUGCCUCUGAACCUGCUUCUUCCUUGUUCUCCUCCUUUCUCCAUCCUCUCUGGCUUUUGCUACUUUUUUCCAUUCAUCAAUCAUUUGACACCCAUAUUUUAUGCUUAUGGAGUCAUGUAGUUUAUUUAAUUGGCUUGUUCUUAGGCUGCCAUCAAAUCCAAAUUUAGUUACCCAUAAUUCGAGGAAUUGUAAUUUUUCUGGCUCUUUUUCAAAGAUUCUCCAAUCUUGACAUCUUAAUUCUUCCAAAAUAGCCUUACUGGUUUUCGUCUCCAUUUUUAUGUGUUUUGGUCCAGCUUAGGUGACACCUAGGGUGUCCUAUUAAGCUGGGUUCUUUCAAUGGGGUAGUGAUAAAAAUUCCUUAUGUGGUAAUUCUCGCUUCUACUCUUGCGAGUGGAGAAUUCUUGCCUUUGCUUCCACAAUAAGGUCACUACUUACAAUCCCACUGUUUUGGUAUGAAUAGGAUAUAUCUAGUGAUAUAUGCCUAUUCCAAUCACUCUCACACUUUCACAAUCACACUUUUAACACGUGUUUUGUUCUGCAGAAUUUUUUUUUUUUUUUUUUUUUUUCUUUUCAAUUAGGCCUUUGUCAACGGUACCACACCGGACACGCGCGUCUUCAUCGGAAUUUAAACUACUUCUAGUAGGACUCCGGCACCCUUCUUCGGAAUUUAAACUACUUCUAGUAGGACUCCGGCACCCUUCUUCGGAAUUUAAACUAUUUCUAGUAGGACUCCGGCACCCUUCUCGGAAUUUAAACUAUUUCUAGUAGUAGGACUCCGGCACCCUUUUUGGUCUUUUAUAAAUUCUCUACGCGAAGUGAAUUUCAAUCAUUCCACGCUCCUUUUUAUAAAAGACCAACUCACCACUUGUCUUUCCCCUUGGCUUCGGAUUUCCGUCAACCGUCGGAUCCCAGCAGGCAGGUCGAGUCCAGUUCCUCAAAGAGGUCUUCAAGACUCAUCCUAAAGAGUCUGCCGUGGCCACGGUCUUAUCUGUCGUCCACCUCACCUGCUGGAAUCGUCUGGUCUAUUGGAAUCCGGCUCGAAGGACCAAAGAAAUGUUAGGUUUAAAACCUGCUUGCAUUUUACCUGAAAUAAAAAGGAGAAAGACAAUGGAUAAGUUUGAGUAAUGGACAGAGAUGUGUUUUGGAUAUCUCAGUACCACACUGAGGGUUCUUUUUCUGUCCGUGCUCUUUUAUUUAGUCCCUGGUUACAUAAUGUUUCAAAAGGGGUGAUAAAUGGUGCAGCAAAGUAAACAUUCUCAUAAAGCAUAAUGAACACUUGUGAAUAUGUGAAGGUCAAGGCGGCAUCUAAUGAGCUCCUUCUGAUAACAGCGGCACCUCCUCAAAAACUCCCCACGAUUUACCGCGGAGGAUCCAUCACUCACACACCCCCACCUGCUGAUAGGAAAGACAGUCACAGAAAACUGAAAGUAACAUUGUUGUGCUGUGUAGUAAAUCUAUUGAAGAGAGAAGUUAGGAAACACUCUUAUAUAAUGUAUAAAAAGAGGUCAAAACAGUUUAUACUUGUAGUCAACUCUUACAUAAGAAUAUGAGGAAUAAUGAUAACUUCUAUAUACAUUUAUGCACAUUAUUCUAACAGUGAACAAAGCAUUUUACUUGAUAUUGUUUCAUAAUUGUCUUGCUAUCCUUUUUGAGAAGUAUUUUAAGUCAUUUAAACUGUGCUUUGAAUUUCUAGCCCAGUGUCGCCAAACCAAUUCACCUCAGUGAAUAGGUAUGGGAUCCAUAAAUUCAUCCCUUUUUCAGAGUGCAUUAGCAACAACUUCAUGCAAAAGAGUCUAUGGAAGCAAUAGCACAGACACAGAGCCAAUAAGAUUGAUGGGAGACAGAAAGUAUGUACAGCUGUUGGUUGUUGUUUUAAUGAAAAUACAUCAUCUUUAGUUUCAACAGCAGUGAUAGGAGACAGAACAGACGCUCCAGCAGAGGAAAGGGACAAAACAGAGAGGUUACUUCUGUAGAUAUGACCGUCCUUGACACAAUGUCAGAAUUCUAAUAAUUUCUUUCCUCGUACUCUCACUCUCAGGUAUUGGAACUGUCCCCGUCGGCCGUGUUGAGACUGGUGCCCUGAAGCCCGGUAUGGUCGUCACCUUUGCUCCCCCCAUGCUGACCACUGAGGUGAAAUCUGUGGAGAUGCACCACGAGGCUCUGCAAGAAGCUGUGCCUGGUGACAACGUUGGUUUCAACAUCAAGAACGUGUCCGUCAAGGAAAUCCGUCGUGGAUACGUGGCUGGGGACAGCAAGAACGACCCACCCAAGGGAGCUGAGAGCUUCAAUGCUCAGGUUUGUGUUGAGAUGGUUUCAGCAGAUUUAUACAUCCGUUAAGAUUGAUCUAACAAUCUUAACGGAGAUCUAACACUGAGUAUUUCUACAGGUCAUCAUCCUGAACCACCCCGGACAGAUCAAUGCAGGUUAUGCUCCUGUGCUUGACUGCCACACUGCUCACAUUGCCUGCAAGUUUCAGGAGCUCCUAGAAAAGGUGGACCGUCGCUCUGGCAAGAAGCUUGAGGACAACCCCAAGUUUGUCAAGUCUGGAGAUGCUGCCAUGGUCUUGCUGAAACCACAGAAGCCCAUGGUUGUGGAGCCCUUCUCCAAAUUUGCUCCCCUCGGUAUGUUUUUAAUCAAACCUUUCAUACACUCACAUUAUUCUGAGUUUAAAUGCGGGAAACUGUAUUUACAUAAACAAGUAUUCAUGUGUGCACUAACUGCUUACCUUGUUUGCUCUCAGGUCGUUUCGCUGUGCGUGACAUGAGGCAGACAGUGGCUGUCGGUGUCAUCAAGUCAGUUGAGCCCAAGGAAGUGAGUGGAAAGACAACCAAGGCUGCACAGAAGGCCGACAAGAAGAAAUGA